GUUGACUUUAGUUAGGUUUUGCUGGGUGUGGGAAAGAAAAUUCUUUCCCGCUCUCCAACUAGAAAAAAUGAUUCGUUCCUUUUUGCUUAUAUUUCUUGCCCUGUUGGUCGAUGUGGCUGCCGAGCAACUUAAUGCACCAGGAGAACUGAACUGUCCCGCCCUUCUCGUUGGAGCACAUGUUAUCACCCCACAUUCCUGUACAAGCGCCCCGAGUGUUGCGGAGACAAUUUGUUCCUUCAAGUGCCCCAAGGGUUACACGCUCAGUGGUCCAUCUUAUAAAACCUGCCAGUUAGACGGCACUUGGACCGAUCAAGCUGUUCCUGUUGAAUGUGAUGAUGUGAAUGAAUGUGACCUUGAUGAUGGCUUCUGCAGUCACAUCUGCGAGAACACACCAGGAAGUUUUCACUGCAAAUGUCCACAUCCACUGUUCUUAGAUCCGGAAAAUAAAAGGAAAUGCAAAGCAAAAGGCGUUCAGCUUAACUGCGAACCAAAUCACAUGGAAAUCGUCCUUCCCAAAAACCUUAUUCACAAUCUUGAGCAUGAGCACUUAAGCCUGACAGACCCAGAAUGCCGAGCGCAUGGCAAUUCUACUCACUACAGCUUGUCGACCGACAUCACUAAUUGCAGCACCACAUCGCACGUGUACAAAAACUUUAUCGUCUAUACAAACAGGGUAAUGGAGUCUCCUAACGAAAACUCAGACGUCAUCACUCACGUAGGUGUAAACGAGAUCCUCGUCCCGUUCAGUUGUUAUUACAACGAUUUGGAAAUUGUUUCCGCUGUCGGUUACAAGCCGGUGGCGCAGAAAAUCCACGUGAACGUCCAAGGGCGUGGCGAGUACGCAUUGAGCCUCGAUAUCUUUAAAGACGGGACUUAUGGGGAGCAAAGAUCCGUGGCAUCAUCGUCAGCCAAGUACACCCAGGCAGACUUCCCGAUCCUUAAACAUCUUCGUGAGAGGAUAUACGUGCAGGCUUCGUUGGACACUCGCGAGACGGACCUCAAGAUAUUUGCGUCUAAUUGCUGCUCAACACCUAUGCAGGAUCACGAGGCUACAAUAAAAUUCAGGCAUGCCUUGAUUGUGGAAGGUUGUCCGAGGGAUCCAAGUGUUAGGUUUCAUGCCUCGUCUGAUCCCAGGAAAGUUCGCUUCAGUUUCGAAUUAUUCAAGUUUCUUGGAAACCAUGAUUAUGUCUUUAUUCACUGCCGAGUCCAUGUAUGUGACGUAAAUGAUACCAAUUCGCGAUGCGCAAAGGGAUGCCUGCCCGGCAACAGUCCGGCAAAGAGAGAUCAAGACAAGCAUGGUAACAGAGCUCAACAAUCGAACAAGCGCGCUAAAACCGUAACACAACCGAUCGAGAGGCACAUCAAGAAAGUCGUGGCUCCAGCUAGCGAGAAGGCGACAAAGCUUCAUGCUGCUGCCAAGAAAAUCGCUGGGAAAACUGCAUCGCAACCAAAUGCGAAACGUGCUAAAGCGCCUCUUGCAAGCGAGAAAAAGGCUCAAGAUCACCCUAAAGCGCCAGAGAUAAAGGCUGUCAAGACUGCAGUGCAUCGCAUCAUGAAACGCGCAGUAGAGGGCUCUCGCAAGAGAGGAGUUCUAGGCUCAGCUGACCUUAGCAGCAAGGGACCGAUCAUCCUUGACAUUGAUGGGAGAAAGGAUGUCAAAAGAGAUCCCAGGCCAAAAAAGGUGUUCGCUCAAUCUAAAGGGAGUGCUAUCGAACGAGAUGUCAAUGACAAGAACAAACGUUCAAGCGUUGCCCCUAGUGCAACCAACAUAUUUUUAGUGGCGAUGACUGUGGCUUCCAUCAUGGCGCUUGUAGGAGUCGUGUACCUCGGUCGGAAAGCGAUGAAAGUGGUCAACAAUCCAUACAAUUAUGAACCUUUAUUAGUCAAUUAGUAACGCUUAUUUCGGAUUCGCUUUACAAUAUACUUGUUGAAAAACGCAAUCAGUUUUUAACCCUUUUUUUUUUUAAAUGUAAUACGUUGCCAAAGUAGAAUUUAGCAUGAACAAUCUUUUACCUUGUGUAUACAGGUUUCAUGAGGGAUUGCACCCGACCCAGUCCAUGCUAAUUCACAACGUUCAAACUUAGAGCGGCUUUAUCCUCAGUUUUUCCAGUGGUAUCACAAAUCCAAGUAGUGUGUUCAAGCCAUUAUUAAAAAGGAUAGACUUCAGCCUUUUUAGUCUAUUGUUUUCAUCUUGGUUGCUUGGAGGCACGAGUAUAGCAGACUGGCGUUGGAUGGGGACAUUAAGCAACACCAACUUUUCUCGUGUCUCAACAAUAGGGAGGUUAAGCGGACUACGACGACGACGGCAACGAGAACGUCCCCAAACAAAAGGUUUAAUGAGCAAAACAAUAGCUGUGCAUGAGCGUUAUAAAUCUUUGUAUAUUGCUUUGACGUCCUGUGUUCUUCUCUGCUCCCUAGUUUUACAGAGAGGCGACCUCUUCGCUCUUAUUGGUGUAUUGAGUUGUCGCUUCAUUUUCACUUGACAAAUUAUGACGCACUUAAGCCACUGGAAAAACUACUCUAUUUCAAUGUUUUAUAACGACAACGUUGAAUGUAACCAUGUUUAAUAGCUAGUGUUUUCAAAUAAUGUUCAGGUUGACAGUUGUAUAUCUCUUUCAUUGAAAAUAAACUGGCAUUUAUAACCACA